AUGUCAACAAUCCUGCCUAUGACGGACUUCGUCAUCUUCCUUAAUGGCAUUCUGGAGGACGAGUGGCUGCUGCCGGGUCCCCUGCCAAUGGGCUCAGGCCACCGUAGCCCCUUUGUUACAGAGGACUCAGGGUGGGAGGUCCGGGGCAGGUGGGGUGACCAGGGGACUGACAGCAGGGGCUGGGGCUCAGGGUCUCACACCAUCCAGAGGACUUUGGGCUGCGACGUGGGGCCCGAGAGGCGACUCCUCCGCGGGUAUGAUCUGUUCGCCUACGACGGCGCCGAUUACAUCUCGCUGAACCCGGACCUGCGCUCCUGGACCGCUGCGGAUGCCGCGGCUCAGAUCACCCAGCGCCAUUGGGAGGCGUCGGGGAGGGCGGAGCGCGUGAAGUACCUCCUGGAGGGCAGGUGCGUGGACUGGCUGCUCAGACUCCUGGACAUGGGGAAGGAGACUCUGCAGCGCCCAGAUCCCCCAAAGACAUAUGUGACCCACAGCCCCACGUCCAACCAUGAGGUCACCCUGAGGUGCUGGGCCCUGGGCUUCUACCCUGCGGCGAUCACCCUGAGCUGGCAGCGAGAUGGGGAAGGCCUGACUCAGAACAUGGAGCUGGUGGACACCAGGCCUGGGGGCGAUGGAACCUUCCAGAAGUGGGCAGCUGUGGUGGUGCCUUCUGGAGAGGAGCAGAGAUACACGUGCCAUGUGCAGCAUGAGGGGCUCCUGGAGCCCCAAGUCCUGAGAUGGGAGCCCCCUCCUCAGCCCUCCAGCCACAUCGGGGGUCUCAGUUCUGGCCUGGUUCUCCUUGGAGCUGUGCUCACUGGGGCUGUGGUGGCUGCAGCUGUGACGUGGAGGAAGAAGCGCUCAGGUAGGGAGGGAGUGGGGGAUCCUGUCCACUGGGGGCUUUCAAGUCCCAGGGAGAACUUGCCCCACCUG